UUGAAUGGUCACGAUAAUCUAGUUCAAUUUAAGUGACUUUAUCAUUGAGAGAGUAAAAGGAGAAUAGUGAAAAACAGAGAAAGUGGAAUGUUGAUUAAAAAGCUUUUCAAUUUUGGUGUUUCUUCAGAUCUGCCUUUUAAGAUCUACUUUCAAGAUUUUUUACACAAUUAAAUGAUUCAACACUAAAGUGCUCAAUUUACAUUUCCAGUGAACAACAUCAUCCCAUAAUUUGUGAAAUAUGAGAUUAGUCAGUACAAGGUUCACCGCCCCAAUCGAUUCAUGAUACAUGUUAUAUUGGUAGAUUUAUCUCAUUUGUUAACGGUGUGUAUCCAUGGUUUGAAUUAUCUAGUCCAUAUCGCAACUAAUAAUCUAUUGAAGGUGCUUUGAGAGUGUAGAUAGAGAGUGAAGAUAUAACCAUUCCAUUGAUCACAGAGGCUUUUAUAAAUAUACCACAGAAUUCACCAAAAUUCCAAUCAUAACACAGCUUUAAAAUAUCGGGUUAAUUCUUUUGGUUCGUGUUGAAUAGUGAGUGAAAACCAACCAUCAAACGAAAAUAUAUCGUGUUAUUUUCAACUGCGUAUAAGGUGAAUAAACAUCUAUUUAUUGCAUAAAUCAAUAACCAAUCAUCCCGGAUCCUUUAUACUGAAGUGACAUACAUCAUUGAAACGAUAAAACAUAUCGAUUAAUACAAUUUAUCAUAAAAUUGCUGUGAAAUUUUCGUGAAAUCAACAAUUGUUUACCAGUAAACAACACAAGUAACAAUGUCUCAAGAUGGAGAGGCGGUGAUACCGAUUGAAAGUUCAGAAUCCAAACAAGCAGGACGAUAUUUUGAAAAUCCAGCCUUCAUUGAAGAUGAAAUCACUUCAUCUGGAAACGGAAUUAAUAACAAUGAUAUAUCACCAUCAAAUGAUGCUCAUUUCAAACCCACUACAUUAAGUUGGAAUAAUCUUAAUGUUUACUCCAAAGGGUCCAAUGGUUUGGUUAGCUGUUUUGGUAAAAAAAAGGAAUCUGUUCACAUAAUCAAGAAUAUCACUGGUCAUGUGAAGCCAGGAAAUCUUUUGGCCAUUCUUGGUGCCUCUGGAGCAGGAAAAACAACGUUAUUGAAUGUAUUGACUGGUCAGAAUUUAAAUAGUUUAACCAUCGAAGGAAAAGUUCUGUUGAACAAUGAACCCACUACUAUCCAGAAAUUAGCAUCGUGUUCUGCAUAUGUUCAACAGGAUGAUUUGUUUUUUGGAGUUCUCACUGUUAGAGAACACUUGCAAUUCCAACUUGAACUACGAACUUCGGUGCCCUUAACUCCAGAACAACGUCGGGCUAAAAUUAAUAAGCUUCUUGAAACAUUAGGACUCAUGAAAGUUGCUGAAAGUCGAAUUAAAUGCAGUUCAACCGGACAACGUCUUUCUGGUGGGGAACUUAAAAGAUUAUCUGUAGCUACAGAGAUUCUGACGGAUCCUGCUAUACUUUUCUGUGAUGAACCUACCUCUGGACUAGACUCUUUUAUGGCUCAAAGUGUUAUCAGUGUUUUAAAGUCAAUGGCAGCCGCCAGAAGAACAGUUCUCGCAACCAUUCAUCAGCCAUCAUCCGAAGUUUUUGAAAUGUUUGAUGAAAUUUUACUACUGUCGCAAGGAAGAGUGGCUUUCAUGGGAAAAUCUCAGGACGCUCUCUCAUUCUUUUCACAGAUCGGUCUUCAAUGUCCACAGAAUUACAAUCCAUCUGAUUUUUACAUUCAAAAACUCGCUAUUGUUCCAGGAAGGGAAGAGGAAUGUAAAAGAAAUGUUGAAGAAAUUUGUAACAAAUUUUCUGAAUCCCAAUUUGCAGCCAGAAUGAACAAAUUUGAUAAAGAAAUAGUGCAAACUGAUGACGGAUACAGUUCUAAGAUAGUUUUUUCAUACAAAAGAGGAUUUUUCAUGCAAAUGUUUCUAGUAUUGUGGAGAUCUUGGUUAACCAAUUUAAGAGAGCCUUUAUUAACUUCUGUUCGAAUUGCUCAAACAAUCUUUAUCUCCCUUUUACUUGGACUUAUUUAUUGGAGGCAAGAAUACAAUCAAGAAGGAAUAAUGAAUAUUAAUGGUGCUUUAUUCAUUUUAUUAGCAAAUAUAACAUUUACUAAUGUUUUUGCUGUUGUCAAUACAUUUUGCUUGGAAUUACCGAUUUUUAUUCGAGAACACAAUAACGGUUUAUAUUCAGUUUCGGUUUACUUCAUCUCGAAAACUCUUGCUGAAUUGCCCUAUUUUGUUCUAUUACCUUUCGCAUUCGCUUCUAUAACUUACUGGAUGAUCGGUCUUUACAAUAAUAUUGAAGUUUUCAUAUUGGCAGCAUUUGUGUUAACUUUGAUAGCCAAUGUUGCCUGUGGAUUUGGCUAUUUCAUAUCAACCAUCAGUAAAAGUGUAACAAUGGCAUUAUCACUCGCACCACCUUUCAUGAUACCUCUCAUGCUUUUUGGUGGACUUUUCUUAAACAAUAAAUCAAUUCCUGUCUAUCUCGCAUGGAUUAAAUAUCUAAGUUGGUUUUACUAUGGUAAUGAAAUUCUAGUCGUUAACCAAUGGCGAAAAGUCACCAACAUUACCUGUGAUAUACCAGAAACUUUCACUCAUAUCGGAUCUAUGUUAGGAAAUAUGAGUUUGCCUGAUGAUCUCGGUGAUGUUAUUCCACCUGGUUUGGGUUGUAUUUUGGAUGGAAAAGGUGUUAUUAGGAAGCUUAAUUUCGAUGAAGAUAAUAUAACAAGAAACUUUAUUGCUUUAGGAGUAUUACUGAUUGGUUUUCGUAUAUUAGCUUUUGUUUCCCUUAGUGUCAAGGCAAGAUUAAUGAGAUAGGUCAAUGGAUAUCGGUUUAGUCCAACUUCGCCAACUUUUUAAGCUUUCAAGUUUCGCACGAGAAAGUUAUCUUAUCAAUCAAUGCUUAAUAAAACUCAAGUUGUUUCGAUUAGAAGAGCUAAUGUUCAAAAAUCUGAAAGAUAAAUGAGCAAAUUUUAGAUCUAUUGAUUUUAGUUAAAAUUGUGUUUGCUUCUGAAUUGUGAGGUCGAAAAGUCUGACAAAACCGUUUGACCCGCUCUUUUUUAAAUUAGCUUAAGGCUAAAUAUGUUCCCCUUAUCUUGCUAUGAAUGUUUUUUUGUUUGCCUGACCCUUUUCAAAAGCAAUUGAAGCUAAUUGCAAUAAUUUCACUGAUCAAAGAAUUUUAAUUCAAGAAUUAGAUUUAGCUUUAACAGCUUAAAAGAUUGGCGAAAUUGGAACAUUCCAUGGAUAUCCAUCCAUUUCUUUACAUGAAUUACAGUUAUUGCAUCCAAUUUAAAUUUUCAUCAUUCUUUUACGUUGAUUACUGUAUGUAUUUUGUUCUUGUCAUUUUUAAGCUCAUUUAAUCAAUCAUCAUAAUUAUAAGAAAUAAAUUAAAAA